GCCAGCACCGCAAGCCACAGAUACGUCCACGCGCAAGGGGCACCCACUUAAAAAGUUGCUCAAGCCACACAUGCCCUCCGCCCCGCCGCGCCCCAGAAAAAAAUGGAGCAAAGGAAAGCAAGAGCAAAAAGGCAGAGCUAAAAAAGCGAUUACAAACCUACUUGAUCCAUGCAUGUUCUAUUCGUAGCGCGCGUGCUGGGUAGUGUAAGCCAACCGUCUAAAAAAAAGCAAAGGACCAUUAUUACAUAUAAUGCCCAUCAUAUCCCUCAUUUCCAGCAAAAAAACAGACAACAGGAUCAAAACAACGACAACAACAAACACAACCAUACGAUACCCAUCAAAACAACCCACAAACACACCCACUCAAAUGCACCUCUUGCGUCACACGCCCCGAUCGCCGCACCGCACCGCACACACAGCACGCAACACGUGCACACACGUCGGAACACUCCAUCCGACACACCUACCUUGGCACCAUACUAACCCUCCCCACUCCCAUCUCCAAUCACACAGCGCAGCGCGCGUGCGCGCCAAGUUAAAAAAAGAGUGGAUACCACGGCACUUGCUAUGAAAGAUGGACUCGACAAGAGAAUCGGGAAAAAAAAAGCGCCACGAAGUGUUGGAGAAAAGGAGUGGAGUAAAAAAGUUGUGGAAACGCGCACGCUAGAAGAAGACGGAAAGUAGGGUAGGUGGUACCCGCGGAAUUAAAAGCGUGGGUGUGGUGUGGCGCUUGCUCGCACCCGCCGUGGUUUACUGGCUCGCGGGUUUGCACACGUCCCUUGUCCGGUCCUGCUUCUUUCCCGCUC